CAAUGCAGCCAUAAAGAGAAGUCUAAGAAGUUUUGAGGAAAGGAAACCGAGGCAGGAGAAACUCAACUAGACAUGAGUAAACCAAAGACCAUCGGUUUCUUCACUUCUCAGCUGACCGGAGAAGUUAUCCUGAGGAAGAACAAGAAAGGCGAAGGGAAUCAGGCUCCGUUAACGAUUCAUGAGCUGGUGCUUGGAACUGCCACGAGGUAUCCUGACUUAAUUGCUCUGGGGACAAGAAAUGUGGAUGGAUGGGACACCAUGACCUAUAUCGAGUAUUAUGAGUUGUGUCGAAAGGCCGCAAAAUCCUUCCUCCAGCUUGGCCUCGAGCGCUUUCACGGCGUGGGGAUCUUGGGCUAUAAUUGCACUCAGUGGUUCGUUGCUGACGUCGCCAGCAUUUUUGCCGGAGGCAUUUCUGUGGGUAUUUUCCCCCAAAACUCUUCCCAAGUCUGCCGGUUCAUUGCUGAAAACUCCGAGGCUAACAUCUUUAUGGUGGAGAAUGAUUGGCAGCUUCAGAAAAUCCUCAAGAUCCAGGAUCACUUACAUCAUCUGAAAGCUAUUGUGCAAUAUAAAGACAAACUCACAAAGAAGUUACCUAAUACUUACAGCUGGGAAGAAUUCCUCACCCUAGGGGUAAAUAUUUCUGAUGAAAUGCUGGACAAAGUCAUUGAUUCCCAGAAGCCCAACCAGUGCUGUAUGCUGGCCUAUACUAUGGGGACCACUGGACCACCGAAGGCAGUUAUGCUCAGUCAUGACAAUAUCACGUGGACAUCGGCAGCUGUGCUCCAAAGCCUUCCCUACACUUAUCCUCCCGAAAAUCAAGAGGUCUUGGUGAGCUACCUCCCCCUCUGCUUGAUCAAUGCUCAGAUAUUUGAAAUCUGGAUCCCUGUUACCAUUGGAGCGUCCAUCUUCUUUGCUGAACCUAAUGCCAUGAAGAUUCAGGGAUCUCUGAUAAACACACUGCUGGAGGUGAGACCUACUACCUUCUGUGGAGUCCCCGAAGUCUGGGAAGAGAUGAUGCGGAGAAUGAGCUCAGAUCAGAUGUCAGCUGCCUCAUUCAAGAAGAAUAUGAUUGUUUGGGCCAGGAAAGUGGGAUUAAAAGCAUACAAGAAGCGGAAAACUGAAAGUUAUCAUUACCAAACGAGGGGAAAAAAUCUUUCCUGUACCAAUUGAGAAUAUGCUGAAGGAGAAUAUUCCCAUUAUCCACCAUGCUAUCAUCGUGGGAAACCAAGCCAAAUUCCUGAGUGUACUGCUAACACUAAAGUGUGAGACCAGCUCGGACACAGGUGAGCCUCAUAACACACUGACGCAAGAAGCCAUCAAUUUUUGCCGAAAGAACAAUAGUAAGUCCGUCAAAGUGACAGACAUCAUGAAUAACCAAGACCCCAUCAUUGAUGCCAUAAUACAGAAAGGCAUCGAUGCAAUCAAUGAGCAACCCGAACACGAGACUCACAAGAUCCUCAAAUGGAAAGUCUUAGAGAAGGACUUCUCAAUUAUAGGUGGAGAACUAGGUCCAACCUCGAAGAUGCGACGGUCACACAUCAUGAGAAUGUACCAAACGACGAUCGCCAGUUUCUAUAUCUAGUUCUCUCUGCAGUCUGGGUGUCCAGGUUGCCACUGACCAUGGAAGGCUCCCUUUUUUUACCACUUGCAUGUGGUUUCAUGAAGAAUGUGACCAUCCUGAAUUUAGCACGGUGCUUAACUCCUCCUCUUGGGGAACUUCCUGGUUUUAAAAUAAAACUCCAUCUUCCACAGAUCAGGGAAGCCUUUGUCCUGGUUCUGACCCAGCCCAGGGUGGCAUUAUUUGGUCUCCAUAACCAAAGAAGUGGUGAGUCAUUUACCUUGCUAGUUCAAAGGAACUAUGAUAUCCGUAUAUUAUCUCCCUCCAUCCAGACAGGUUCGAGUACCCCCAUCCUGUGUAAUCCUGGUGUAUGUCUUUCUAUAAAUCCUCCCGAGAGGAUGUGCCCUGCUUUACUACACAUUUUUCUCUGGGGCUUCUGAUUUUUGGGGGAGCUUUUCUCUCAUUACAUGUCUGGACCAUCUCCUUUUAGUCAUACCUGCCACUUUUAUGAUUUUGGUGAAAGCACCUUUUCUUACCCCCUGUAUUUACCUGCUGAUUCAUUUCACAGAUGCAAGAUAAUAUAAAGUAAUGAACAAAAACCCGGGAGUGAAUGUUAACCUAUUUUAUUGCCCCCAUAGAGCAGACUUUAAAGUGUGGAGACUGAAGUCAUAAAUGCAGGAUGUUGAACAACCUGAAUGACAUCUUAAUUUUCUUUGUGGCUUUUUUUGCUACCCUUAGCUCUGGGAAUAAGCAGAUUUUAAAAAGUCUCAUAAAUCAUAGUUCCAGUACAUGAGGAGAUGCCCAUUUCUAUGCAUUUUAAUUAUAAAUUUAACUCUUGAAGACUGUCCACCAUGCCCCCAAAUUGUAGAAUUACACAAACCUGGAACUCCAGAAGCCUUCCAGCCCAAUGCAUACUUGAAUGAGCAACUUCCAACAGUCAUUUAAUCUAUACCUGAAGACCCCAGUGAGGGCAAACCCAGGACCGCUUCUUAUUAAGAAGUUGUUCCUUAAUUUCUGAAGCCAAAAUCUGCCUCCUUGCAAAUUCCAAUCACUGUGAUGCACUGAUGGAGAGUAUUCACACUGACAAAAUGAUGGCAUCUGUGAAGUGUGAGAUACUUUGUGCACAUAAAGCAUGAUUUUAAUACCCUUCCCUCAAGGACCCCCAUGAAUCAACAGUCUGGGGCUCUUGCCUGAGCUGGCACUCCUCCCCCCCAAAAAAACCCCAAAAACAAAAAGGGGAGGACCCAAAGGGGUAGACUAUAAGGUAAUGGCUAAGGACUCAAAACAUUAAUUACUGACCACAGCACUCUUCUGCUCAGGUCUGAGACUGGAGUCAGGCAGUGUGGACAAAUUAAGUCCAAGUAAUAGGAUUCCAAACCUCAUGGUCCCUGUGAGGGCUUAAGAGCUAGCUUCCAUUCCUGGGAAUGGAGUCAGUACAGAAUAAGUCCCUUUUUGUCUCUAAGCCUCAGUUUCCUCAUCUGUAAAAUAACGGGGCCUUUAAGAUCCCUCCCAAUCCCAAAUCUAUGAUUAUUUAAAGCAUUUAUUACAUCUAGUGAGUGAUGGGAAAGUCUGGUUUCUUCCAAAGCAGAUGAAAUCCUCUUAACCUUUAUCUCACUACCUUUUCUGUGGGGCCAGAUCAACUUAUCCAGGAUAUUUUAACAGGGUCAGAAGUCAGGUAGGUCAGGAGAACUCUAUAGACAUAGAACACCUGAAUUUUCUCCAAGCACCUAUUAGAAGUUUCUCAUGCUAUCCUUGUGGACAAGAUGGAGGGUUUUGAGUUAGAUAAGACUACAGCUAAGUGCAUUCAGAAAGUGAUGGAAUGCCUAGUCACCGAGAACAGGAGCUACAGUUGGAAGGAGUACCCACACCAACAAAAUCCUAGGUUUUUUCAAGUAAAGCCAUGGACUAUGAAGGUGAAGGUGGAGGAAGUCAAUCCCGGUCCUUAGGAAUCAAGCGCUCCCAAGGUUGGAAAGAGCUGGGCCAGCACACAGUAGCAAUACAUUUACAGAACACCCUCAGUGCUUACCAACCACUUUUUUUCUCACUUUAUGGAUAGCAAACAUAUGGAUGAACCCCAACUAUUACAUAAAGUUGGAGAGACAGAUUAUGUCACUUGAAUGUAGGGAAAACACUCCUUAAUGAGAGUGUGCAGAAGUGGAAUGAGAGGUAGUGAAGCCUUCAAGCAGAGGCCAAGUGACAACUUGUUGGGCAAUUUCCUGAGGGAAUCACUUCAUUGGGCCUUCUGAGAUCUCCAGUUCAUGCUGUGCCUUUGUCCUGACUCUUUCAUGGUGCCGACCUUCCCAAUUCCUCUUAUUACAGCGCUUCUGCUCUUCCUUGUAGUCUGCUCACAAAUCCUCCGAGGACAGUCUCUUUUUAAAGAUUGUGGGGGAAAGAGAGGCAAGCUCGGAUCCUUCUUCCCAAGCGAAGGUCAGUCUCAUGAGCUGCUCCUUGUCCAGACUGAUGAUUCUGACCCCAGUAACCCAAAACUUGCCUUCUUGCCUUUGGACAUUUCCCCAGGUCCCCCCCACCUCAACCCCUCUUUGUUUUUCUCAGAGCUCCUUUGCUGUCUCCUUCAGUCUCCAGUUUUCGACGCCAGCAGCUUUCAGUGUUAAUGAUCUCUUUUGAGAGAGGAUUCUCUAGUUCAGCCUUCUGUGUUUGAGCACAACAGAAAUCAGAAUCAAACCCCUGGAAAUGAAGGCUGAUUAACCUAAAGAACUGAGACCAGGAAAGCCGCAGGAGAUAAAGUGCCCUUAGGAGUGGGCUGGGCUGGGGCUAACAGCAUUAACUUACAUUGUAUAUUUGCAGCACUCAGGUUUCCUAAGUAUCUUCCUCACAACUACUUUGUGAAGCAGCUAGGGCACUAUGCACAUCUUGCAUAUGGUGAAACUGAGGCUUGGGGAUGUGAAGUGACUUGUCUGAGGUCACAGGGUUAGUAUAGAAAAUAGACCAGCUCUGUUCAAGGCACUGUCCAACUGUAUGUCAUAGUCCUCUAAAGAGGGCGUGAGCACCGAGGCAGGCCAGCCCCCACUGAUCUGGACUAAUUUAAAGGCCUUGGGAGCCUGGGAGCUUCAGCGAUGGCUUUGCAAUCAGGAUGCUUAUGGAUGCUACCCCCACAGGUAUGGGUUGGCUCCUUUUGUAAACCACUGCAACUGCCCCUUAAGGAG